CUCUUUGCAGCCUGGUGGAUGCUCUGGUGUCCAGAGACAGGGGGGCAGCUGGGCAGAAGACCUGGGCAGGAGCUGGGGGUCCGGGCAGGUAGAAGCUCAGCACUGCUGUCCGUAUCGUGGUCGGUUUUUCUAGAGGCUUUUCUCCCCGUAGUUCCCUGCUACCUUUGCGAGAGUGCCCAAGGAUGAAAACGGAGCAACAAGACACCACAGGCGAAACGCAAGUGGCGGUGUCAGACGGAUCAGGAAGGGGCGCUCCUGUCCUCCAGGACACUGUGGAUUGUAAGCUCAAGGCGGAGGGUGGUCGUAAUCCUCCUGAAGCAAUGCAUUCUGGGAGUUGUGAGGGUUCUCCAUGCCGGGUGAAGGACGAACCAGAGGAGGGUUUGGCCUAUCGCUGGGAAACCCAGUGGCAGGAGUUCCUGAAGACAGUGGAAUCCCCUCCCUCAGGACAGGAGGCCCCAGCGUUGCCCACGGCAUCCACACCCUGGGGCGAUACGAAGGCCUUUCUGGCUUCUUUUGAGCAAGUGGCUGAGGCCUGCCGGUGGCCCAGAGGAGAAUGGGUGGCCCGACUCUUGCCGGCCCUCAGCGGACAGGCCGAACUGGCCUUUGGCAUGCUGGACGUCCAAGACAAAGAGGACUAUGGGAAGGUGAAGGCGGCCCUCUUGCGGGGAGACGCCCUCCGCAGGGAGAAGUGUCGCCAGUACUUCCGGCGUUUCUGCUACCUGGAGGCCAAGGGGCCGAGAGCGGUUUGCAGCCAACUCCAGGAACUUUGCCGUCAGUGGCUGAAGGUUGAGAGGCACACGAAGGAGCAGAUCCUGGAGCUCUUGAUCCUGGAGCAGUUCCUGACGAUCCUGCCGCCGGAGAUCCAGAGCUGGGUGAGGGAGCGGGGCCCGGAGAGCUGCAUCCAGGCCGUGGCUUUUGCGGAAGACUUUCUGUUGAGGCAGCGAGAGCCUGGCAGACGGGGGAAGCAGGUGCUGCUGGAGGACCUUGCUGGGACUUUCCCUGAGGCCGGCUGUGCACCGGCUGGCACCAUGCAGAAACAGCGUGACGUGGCAACCAAGCAGGAGGAGGACGGGGAGGACGGCGCAUCGGGUAAGGGGUGGAUGACCCUACACGAGAGAGAGAGGGGCGCACCAGGCGACGCGGAGCUCGUGGGGCCGCGUGGGGUGUCCGUGUGGAAAACAGAGGACGCUCUUUCCCAGUGCGGCAUGCAGGAAAAUGCCUCAACCAGUCCGGAGAAUCUGGAGUGCCGACAGGGGAGCUACACAGGGGGAGAAGCCGAUGAAUCUGUACUUUACGGGGAAGAUUACAAGACCCUCAUUGUAACCACAAUCCAGACAGGAAUUGACACUGGUAAGAAACGGAACACGUGCAGAAGUUACGGGAAGAGCUUCAGCCAGAGUUCCAGCAUGCUGAAGAGCCGCCGGACAGCAGGGAAAGCGCACAAAUGCUCGGUCUGUGGGAAAUUCUUUCUUUCCGGCUCAAAGCUCAUCAUUCAUCAGAGGACCCACACUGGGGAGAAGCCGUACGAGUGCUCAGCUUGUGGGAAAACGUUCCGCUCCAGCUCAGUGCUUUAUCGCCACCAGAGAAUCCACACGGGAGAGAAGCCGCAUAAAUGCCCGGUCUGUGGGAGGAGAUUCAGUAGCAACUCAAAUCUGAAUCGACACCAGAGAAUCCACACUGGGGAGAAGCCGUACGAGUGCUCAGACUGUGGGAAAAGCUUCAUUCAGAGAGCCAACCUUAACAAGCACCAUAAAAUCCACACAGGGGAUGGGAAAUGUGAGGAAAGUUUUAGCAUGAGCUGAACCCCUCACUGUGUAUGCCGUGUGUGUGUGCAUACAGGAGAAACCCGCUUCAAAGACUGGAUUGAGCAAAGACACAUUUCCGGAAAAGGCGCACAAACUAAUUCCAGCAAUAAGUUGGUCAACAAAUCCCAGGCACCUCUUUCGAAUGGCCGCCUGUUCUGGAUUCUUUGAUGUAGGAUAGCCUGAGAUAGCGGAAGCUGGUUGCUCCGAUAUCGGAGGGGUGGUGAAUCUGCUCUGAGUUUCAGUCAGAAUUCUAAAGGAAGUAUCCAAGGGAUGAAGAAACCAAGGACUUCUCCUGCUGACCUUCAAAGCUCUUCACGGUCUAGCUCCUGCCUAUCUCUCCUCUCUCAUCUCGCACUA